CAGUGUGCUGAGGGUUAAUGUAAGGGAGGACUCUCGCCUUGCCUCUGACAUUGAUAAACAGCCAUUUCCUCGUUUCUGAUCUCCUUCCAUCUCUCCCCCGUGUCCUGCGAGGGCGGAGCUAAGACGGAAGAACGAGAAGCAAGUGAGGGGAACGCUGAUGUGAGAUCAGGCAUGAACUUGAAGCCACCGUCUCCUGAAGUCUCACAUGUUCACCGGCGUUCAUUGAGGAAGUUUGCUGUUCAUUCCAACAUGAAAUGUCUUGUGCGGUACUUUGGACUCCUGCUGACGGUGCCCCUGGCAGGUUUUUCUGGCGACACGCAGGAGGUCAUAGUGAAGCGUGGAGAAGAUGUGACUCUUGUGUGUCGUGCUCCCAAUAAGGCUGCCAUCGAACAGUUAGCAUGGAGCAGAGCUGAGCUGAAGUCACAUAAAUAUGUCUUCUUCCUCCGUAAUAACCGCUCAUUGAUAAACUCCCAGCUUCCAUCUUAUCGCGGUCGAGUGAAGCUGAUGGAUCCAGAGAUGAAGGAUGGAAAUGCUUCUGUGAUUCUGAAGAACGUCAACAUCAACGACACUGGAACAUAUGAGUGUGAAAUUGGCUGGAGCAGCACAGGACGUGCACUCAUCAGCACCAUCAAACUGAAGGUUCAAGUUUCAGAUGGAGCAGCUGGGAUCAUAAAAGACAAAGAUGGGGUUAUCAUUCAUGCAUCGAUUGGUGUGUUACUUGGUGUGCUUUUUGUUUGUGUUAUUGUUGUUGUUUUUAUGAUCCUUCGAAGAUGCAAGGACCCAAAAAGGAUUUAUAAGCUGUUCGUCAAGAUAACCAGAUGCUGUUGAGUCUCCAGGGAGACAAACAGAUUUUUUUCAGGUUUUUUCAUAUGAUCUCUGUUAUUUUUGUUGUUUGAGGCUUGUGUGUUGACCAGCUCUCAGGGACACACUGUACUGUUUUAAAAUGUAUGUUUAAAGAUCAUCCAACAUGUCUGGAUGUGUGAGAGUAACCUAAAUAGACACGAGACUGUCAAAGGAUAGCCAGCAGGACACUCUGCUGCAGGAAGACAGCAUAAAGAGAGCCAGUGACUACAAACAAAGCAUCACAGGGGGAUGAAGACCGUGGGGUUGAUACCAUGUCCUCUUAGUAGUCCAGUCAUCACCACCACUGUUGAACUGCUGUCACUCGUCUCACCAGUAGCCUUAGCAGCCCCUCUGCUAUGAGAAAGUUUUCAUGAAUUCUGUCCUGUCUGACCACGUGAGUCAGAUUUCUCCACUGUGAACCUUAUUUACACCAAGUACUGAUCCAGGCUCACCUGCACAGCACCUGCACAUGUGUAUGAGAAUAGGCCCGUUUCCACUGAAGAGGUUCCUGGUACUAUUUGGGGGGCAGGAACUACUACAGGAACGUCCUCUCGCUCGGCCCUCUCAACUGCCGUGUCUCCACUGAGAGAGCGGAGUAGGAGGAAGGUUCCUGUAAAGUUACCGGGCUCUGGAUGUGACGUAAACGUUGCGUGACCAUUUUGACCGGGGCGACGUAGGGGCGUAGGGACGCUGUUAGCCGUUAGCGGUGUCUGUAAUAACUCCGGUCACGGUCCGUGAAAAAAAUAUUUUUUCCAGCGGAUGUCUUAGUUACAACAUGAUUGAGCUAACUGGAGUAGUUUCAUGUUGUAUCCGACAACGGAUACGACAUGAAACAUGACAUGAAACAACGCUGCAGCCACUGAUGCUUUCUAGACAUCGUGAUUUCCCAAAACUGAAUAAAUACCACACAUAGCAACACAAAACUGCUUUGCUAGCUCAAUCAUGUUGUAACUAAGAUAUCCGCUGGAAAAACUAUUUUUUCACGGACCAUUUAUUGAGUUAUUACAGACACCGCUAACAGCUAACACUUAGCCCAGCUAAUCUACGAUAACCAUGUUGUUAUUUACAAAACGUCACAUCCCUCUUUGAGUAUAUCCAAUCAGCACCAAGUAAUCCCCAAGCUCCAGCCAGGAGUUCCUCGGGCGCCGUUCUGAGUACCUACUCCGAGACAGGGACUUUUUUAGCCCCUGUAAAAGUUCUGGAACUCUGUCCUUUGGGGGUGGUUCCUGCGGUGGAGACACGCACCAACAGCCCCGGCCCCGUAAAUUUACCCUGAACUUCCUGCGGUGGAAACGGGCCCAAUGGCACUAUGUCAUUCAAGCCAAGAUUCAAACCACUGGCAGAGCAGUCACAGACCCCUGUCUGUCACUAGGAAAUUAAGUAUAAUUUGAAAAUGAAAUAAAUUAAAGAAAAAUGUGCUGCUCAAAGCUCUGUUUGCACUUUUCUAUAAAAGGCACUUUGUAUUUUUUUCCAGGAGAUUCUGUCGUGCUUUCUUUUACAUGAAAUGUGGGGCGUAGGGACCAGUUUAGAAAUGAUACAGAAAUGUGUGUUGUUGAUUUUAUUUGAUGAGAAAGAGUUGAGAAAUUAUGAUCUUUGGACUUAAAACUGUAGACGCCUGACUCUUUAACAUGUUAAUCCAUAUGAACACUCUGCUAUACAGUUUCAUACAAUAAACAGUCUUUGUCUUGACUUUA